AACCAUGGUGGUCAACACGGAGACGUGAGCGUGCACGGGUGGCGUCUGUGGACGAGGCAAACCAUCGUUUAGCAACAAACAUGCAGAGGCGGCUUAUUGGACGUGCAACUGACAUUCACAUUAGGCCCCUGAAUGAAGAGAAAGCUACUCAAGCUGCUACAGAUCUUCUUGGUGAACUGUUCAUUUUCUCGGUUGCUUGUGGUGCAAUAAUCUUUGUGGUUCAUAGAAGUGGCAACUCAGAAGCCAGAAAAGAAGAGGCCCGUAAUAAGGCACUGGAGGAAAUAAAGGAGAAGAUGGAGGAACUCGAGAGGGAAAAGCAAAUGAUGAAGCUGAGAGUGGCCGAGGUGGAGCGGGUAACCGGGGCAGGGAGAGGGUGGCCGUGGGUUCUUCCAAGGGCCUUCACUUCCGGCGUUGCCCAGGCAGAGCCAGAGCCAGAGCCAGCAGCUCAGCAGCCCACGGCUGCUUAGCUGCCGAUGCCAGAUGCAAAUCGCCUCUGUAGGCAGUUCCUUGAAUGAUUCCAUUGCGUUGGAAACCCAACGCUGAGAUUUGUGUAGCGCGAGUUGUGAAUAGUCCCGGAGAGAUUUGGUCCGAAUUGGAGCUGUCGAUGGAGGAUGAUAUAUUCCUUUAUUUCUUCUUUUUUUGACAUCAGAGGAUAUUAUGUUCCUGGUAGUAAUGAGGUACCUGGGUUUGUAGUUACUUCCUGUUCAGAUUUCAUAGUUAUACUAAUAUUAUAGAGCAAUCAAGGUAACAACUCAA